GCUCCUCCGUCCGCCAUGUCGCUCUCGAACCCCCCGAGCAGCAACGACGCGUGCCUGAGCAUCGUGCACAGCCUCAUGUGUCACCGGCAGGGCGGCGAGAGCGAGACGUUCGCCAAGCGGGCCAUCGAGAGCCUGGUGAAGAAGCUGAAGGAGAAGAAAGACGAGCUGGAUUCGCUCAUCACCGCCAUCACCACCAACGGCGCCCAUCCCAGCAAAUGCGUCACCAUCCAACGCACGUUGGACGGCCGCCUGCAGGUGGCCGGCAGGAAAGGUUUCCCUCACGUCAUUUACGCCCGCCUUUGGCGUUGGCCCGACCUGCAUAAGAACGAAUUGAAGCACGUCAAGUAUUGCCAGUUCGCUUUCGAUCUCAAGUGCGACAGCGUCUGCGUCAACCCCUAUCAUUACGAGAGGGUCGUGUCGCCCGGCAUCGAUCUCUCUGGCCUGACCCUACAGAGCUCUGCCCCGUCGGGUUUGUUGGUGAAGGACGAAUACGUGAGCGAAUACGAAGGGCAGCCGUCGCUUCCUGCCGCCGACGGCCAUUCGGUUCAGACCAUCCAGCAUCCGCCCAGCGCCCGGGCCGCGAGCGAGGCCUACAACCCGCCGACGGAGCCUGCGGGCCCCAAUUUCCCAGCCAUCCCUGGGGCGUCCACCAGCCAACCCCCAAGCGUCCUACCUGGCGGCCACAGCGACGCUCUCCUCCCAUUGGCUACCGGAUCGCAGGCGGCGGCGGCGGCGGCGGCGGCUCAGAACGGUUUCACAGCCCAACCGGCCACGUAUCACCACAACAGCGGAGGAAACGGAGGUUGGAGCGGCGGCCGCGGCGCUGCGUAUCCUUCCGCCAUCCCCCAUCAUCAGAACGGGCACCUGCAGCAUCAUCCGCCGCUGCAUCCGGGGCACUACUGGCCGGUGCACAACGAACUCGCCUUCCAACCUCCCAUCUCCAAUCAUCCCGCCCCGGAAUAUUGGUGUUCCAUUGCUUAUUUUGAGAUGGACGUUCAGGUUGGAGAGACGUUUAAGGUCCCUUCCAGUUGCCCCGUGGUGACGGUGGAUGGUUACGUGGAUCCUUCGGGCGGCGAUCGCUUCUGUUUGGGACAACUUUCCAACGUUCAUCGGACCGAAGCCAUCGAAAGAGCGCGGUUGCACAUCGGCAAAGGGGUGCAGCUGGAGUGCAAGGGGGAAGGGGACGUGUGGGUGAGGUGCCUGAGCGACCACGCCGUGUUCGUGCAAAGUUACUACCUGGACCGAGAGGCCGGCCGGGCGCCGGGGGACGCAGUGCACAAGAUCUACCCCAGCGCCUACAUCAAGGUAUUCGACCUGAGGCAGUGCCACAGACAGAUGCAACAGCAGGCAGCCACGGCGCAGGCGGCGGCGGCGGCUCAAGCGGCGGCGGUAGCUGGCAAUAUUCCUGGGCCCGGCUCUGUGGGUGGCAUUGCUCCAGCAAUUAGCCUCUCGGCCGCCGCCGGCAUCGGCGUGGACGACCUUCGCCGCCUUUGCAUUUUACGCAUGAGCUUCGUUAAAGGCUGGGGCCCCGAUUACCCGCGUCAGAGCAUCAAGGAGACGCCAUGUUGGAUCGAGAUCCACCUCCAUCGCGCCCUUCAGCUGCUGGACGAAGUCCUGCACACGAUGCCCAUCGCCGACCCGCAACCUUUGGACUGAAGCUUUGCCUUCUCCC